UCAGGCCACUCGAUCACAAUCAUACCUGCAUCGAAGGUCGAGAAAAGACGAGUAUAACUUUGUAAUUUUAAGCUGCAAUUAUUUUCAGGAAACAUGCAGGCUCCUCACAAUGAUAGAUGGGAGAGGACGAAGCUGCACCUAAUACGGAACUUCCUGGUGAAACCUGGUGAACAUAUUAAUCAUCUUCCAAUUCCAACACACAUCAUACUACACGACACACACACUAGCGGAACUGUUGAAGGAGAUGCUGUUGAUAAGAGUCACGAAAUAAAUACUGGAGAUAAUUUGCGAGAAAUUGAUAAAGACCAUGAUAAUGAGAAUGAGAUGAGAGAAGCUCAGGGAUCUGGACUUAAUGUGCCUAGGCAUGGAGAAACGGAGCAGACAAGUCCUGUGCUAGCAUGCAAAACAAAGAGAAGUGCAGCUAAACUUAAAUAUGUGUCCUCUGUCUCCACUGUCUCUGUCGAGGAAACGAGCGUAGAAGAACAACAUAAUUCAAAGUCGCAUAAAAGAAGAUCAAAUUCAAGUAAUGACGCAGCGUCGAGAAAAAAGAAGAAAGAUGCAGGCACCCAAAUUACUGCAGAUGAAAAACGAAAUUUGGAGAAUGCUAGGCGGAUAUAUCUCCGCUCACCGCUCGUCUUUAGAUUGUGUAGGUGUUCGGACCAUGUUUGUCUGUGAUUCUUUUUCUAUUAACCAUGCGUAGUAUGCAGCCUACACAUCAAAAAACUAUUUUUUUGCAUAAUUAGGUAAAAUUGAUAAUACCUGUAUAAUUAUUUUUUAAUCGUAAAUUAUUUGAUUUUAAGAUGUUUUAUACAAAGGCCGUGCCAGGAUAAGCUAAGUGAAUCUGCCCCCAACGAGUUUUGUCUUGUUUUUUUUUGAUGAUGUGGCUUUCUAUUAAUAAGAAGUAUGCAAAAUUUCAGAAAAAAAAACGAAAUAUGAUUUAUCUUUAAUUUUUUUUCUACCAAGCCGAUUUUGACGUGCGUGACGUAAGUUGUGCGUAUAGUAAUGACAAUUAUAUGACAUAUAAUUUUCAUUACUAUACGCACAACAUACGUGACACACGUCAAAAUAGGCUGGCUAGAAAAAAAAUAUAGAAGAAAAAAUCCUAUUUCGUUUUUUUUUUU